AUGGAGAUUCAAGUGGACUACGGCAGCUCUGAGCAAGUGAAGAUCGAUACCCUUCUUCAGAUCAGGUCUGACUUUCUGACAUUACCAUUCCAAAGAACAGAAGACUUACUGGACAACACAGCUCCUCUUCCUGACUCACACUCUCUGCAGUACCUUUAUACUACAAUCACACCAGGACUACAUUUCCCAGAGUUCAUUUCAGUGGGUCUGGUGGAUGGACAGCAGUUUGUUUACUAUGACAGUAACAUCACAAAGAAGAUCCCAAAGACUGAGUGGAUUGAGAAGAAUGUGGGUGAAGAGUACUGGAACGAAGAGACACAGACCAGUCAGGAUCAUCAGGAUAAAUUCAAACAUGAUGUGAAGACUCUAAUGAAGCGCUUCGACCAGACUGAAGGGUUUCACACAGUGCAGCACAUGUACGGCUGUGAGCUGGACGAUGAUGGUGGCUUUAUUAGAGGAUUCUGGCUGUACGGCUAUGAUGGAGAAGACUUCAUCAGCUUUGAUCUGAACACUGAAACCUGGACUGCAGCUCAUCCUAAAGCUGUUAUUACCAAAAGGAGGUGGGAGAGUGAAGAUGAAGCUGCUCAUGUUGAAGCCUACCUGCAGAAUGAAUGCACUGCAUGGUUACAGAAGUAUGUGAAAUAUGUCAGAUCCAGUCUGGAGAGGAAAGUCUCUCCUGAGGUGUCUCUGUUCCAGAAGAACUCUUCUUCUCCAGUGGUGUGUCAUGCUACAGGUUUCUUCCCCAAAGCAGUGAUGAUCUCCUGGCAGAAGAAUGGAGAGGAUCUGCAUGAGGACGUGGAGCUCAGAGAGACGCUACCCAACCAGGAUGGAACCUUCCAGAGGAGGAGCGUUCUGACUGUCUCAGCUGAGGAGCUGAACAAACACCACUACACCUGCAUCAUUCAGCACAGCAGCCUGGAGAAGGAGAUGCUGCUGCUGGUGUCUGAUUGCAGAGUCCUGUCAGGUAGGAAACAUGAUUCUAAAUGGAAUUAA